AUGAUACAAUUCAAAGUGAGUGAUUUAGUCUAUGAUAGUCUUCUCGACUUGCUUAUUCUUUUAGUUACAGUUCGAGGUGCAACAAGUUCCAAUCGUUUCAAAGGUAUUCUUUUGCUUGCUAAAGAUACAUAUAGUCAAAACAUUUUGGGCAGUUGGUCAUCGAUCGAUUCAUCAGUUCAAGGUGUUUAUUGUGAUGGUACAUCACCCAAUGGCAUUACGCACACAUCAUCAACCACUAAAUCUCAAAUUCAAGCAAAUUGGAGUUCUCCAUCCACAGCAGCUCAAGGAAAUAUUAUUAUCAAUGUUUCAUCUACAACUAUCACUACAGUUUCGCAAUCAGCUAAUACUUCAAUAUCAUCAGUAGAUACCACUACUACAAUCAAUUCACAAGUGUCUGGUGCAGCACUGAAUCUGAAUUGGUCAUAUUUUGGCGGAAUAACAACUGUUGCAAUAGUUACCAACAAUCUUGGCACAUCCCAAUGGCUCGGCAUUGGCUUGUCGCUUGAUGAUAGAAUGGGUGAUGAUCAUGUUUUUGUAUGUAAACGCUUGAAUGACGAUACAAUUCAACUUCAACGUUUUAUCAAUCCCGGUGGUCAUAUACCUCCAACCAUAGUUACUGCUGACUCAAAUUAUGGUGGUACAUUUAAAGUAACUCGGAUAGCUCUAAAUAAUGACCUAGUCUAUUGUGAAUUUAUUCUAUCGAAUUUUACCACUACAACGGAUCGACGAAGAAAACGAAGCAUUGCUAUACUUUCACAAAGUACACAAUAUCGUAUUCUUGUGGCCAUAGGACAAUUAGAUAGUUCAAAUUCAUUAGUGCAACAUUCUUCGGUAACUGUGAAAACUCAAACGAUGCAACUCGAUCAAUCAGGAACAAUAACGACGAUCAAUAAUGAAGGAUCAGACGAUGAUAAAGCAAUUUUCUUACGAGCUCAUGGUAUUAUUAUGUUAUUUAUUUGGAUGCUAUUUGUUUCAACAGGUAUUCUAAUUGCUCGCUAUUUUAAACAAUCUUGGCCUACACGAAAACUUUGCGAUAAACCAAUAUGGUUUGCUGUUCAUAGAUCAAUUAUGAUUUUUUCAGCAAUAAUGACGCUAAUUGCAUUCGGACUUAUUCUUAGAUAUAAACGAGGUACAUGGGUUUCGCAAAGUCUAUCUCGUGAAUUUGCUCAUUCAAUCAUCGGUAUUCUUGUUAUUAGUGCUGCUAUUAUUCAACCAACGAUGGCUCUAUUUCGAUGCCAACCUGAUCAUCAAUAUCGAUUUAUUUUUAACUAUGCACAUGCCACCGUUGGCACUGGUGCAUUGAUUCUCUCAAUUGCAACUAUUUUUCUUGCUACUAUGUUUACUAUAUUUGAUUUUGUAAUGAACAAACCUUGGCGAUUUCUUUUGACAUGGAUAUUAUUAGAAUUUGUUAUAUUGAUUGGUUUCGAAUGUCUCGAAAUUUUCUAUCGCAACAAUUGGCCACCAUUUAACGUUCAAAACAGAACUGAACUUUUGCAAAUGAAUGUUCGUGAUAAUGGUAGCGAAGCAACGUCGUCGAUCAAUGAUCGAUCAUCUUCAAGAGAUAUACUUAAGGAGCGAUUGAAAACUCUCCUUCUGAUACUUCAUAUUCUGAUUGCAUUUGGUCUUUCGCUUACGCUCGCUUACGGCGCUGGACACAUUUCUUAA